GUUCCACACGCUUCAGUGCAUCUUCGGACAUGCUGUCUGGACUGGCUGUGUAGCUCCUCCUAUCCGUUGUGAGGCGCCUCGCGGCAAUGGCACUGAGUCGACUGGGCCAUCUGCGGCCUGCCUUGAGCCGAUCCCUGCCAGCUCUCUUGAGGACGCCCCUGGAGAUCACUGUGAGCCGACCAGGCCUCUGUCAGAAAGGCUGUGGGCAGUGUGGGGCCCUGCCACUGAGCCAGAGCCGGCAUUUAGCUACCAAGAAAAACAAAGCUAAAGGAAAAGGACAGCCACAGGCUAGAUUGAGCAUCAAUUCUGCACUAGUGGAAGAUAUCAUUAACCUGGAGGAGGUGAAGGAAGAGAUGAACGCCGUGAUUGAAAACCUCAAGGAAGAUUACAGCAGGAAUCUAAGCAUCCGAACCUCACCGGGUGCUUUAGACCACAUUACUGUGACAACAAAGGAUGGAAAGUUCCCACUAAACCAGCUCGCUCAGAUUUCUAUGAAGUCUCCACAGCUCAUCCUAGUUAAUCUGACUAGCUUCCCUGAGGCUACAGCAGCCGCCACUAAGGCCAUCAGGGAGAGCGGAAUGAACCUGAACCCCGAGGUGGAUGGAGCUCUGGUCAGGGUGCCAAUUCCUAAAGUUACAAGAGAACACAGGGAAAAGCUUGCCAAGCUUGCCAAACAGUUCACAAACAAGGCUAAGGAAUCCCUAAGAAAAGUGCGAACAAACGCUGUGAACCAGGCCAAGAGAUCGAAGGACACCGUUUCUGAAGACACCAUCAAGCUAAUAGAGAAGCAGGUAAAGGACGGUGCAUGGUUCAUGAUCCAGCAAAUGGUGGAUGGUGUUGCUGCCGACAUGGACAAGCAGCUGACCACAAAAACCAAGGAGCUGCUGGGAUGAGAGGAGCGGGGGUGGGAGUGACAUUCUCUCUGCUUAUUUCCAGUGCCUGUCCAUGGACAAAUACAGCCGCGUGAGCUGGACUCAAAUAAAAAGAAAAAAAUAAGUCUGUGCUUGUCAAUGAUUGUGUGUCUCUUGAAACAUGCUGUUUGAGCAAGGGCCAUGAAGUGAUUAUGGUGUAUUUAUGUAAUUCACUCAUGCAUAAACAAAGCUUGGCAUAUAA